GUCCCAGCGGUCAGCGGUACCCUCCAGAAUCCAGAUACCGGGUAGCCCCCAAGACAAAAGAGGUAAAGAGUAAAGAGGUAGCAACAUUUUUUCCGCCCACAGGGAAGGUUUCACGGAGAACAGCACUCACUCUUCGGCUCGACUCCGGUCCCCUUCAUCGAAACCUCAAGGACCCCGGUCCUCUUCAUCGAAACCCCAAGGGCACACAACCAUGCUAGGCCGGUACGAAUAACUUGUCUAGAGGUCCAAUUCCAAUGGAUAGGUCCAUUCACCCACGAGACACAGAUAUAUUAUGUGGAAAGUCCAGGAGCUGUGUGAACCACAUUGGCUCCAAACGGUACCGAGAAUACUUGGAUACCUAUCGUGGCAGGUAUGCUCAGGCGGCCAACAAGCACCACAAGAUGCUCCUGAUCAAGGAGAUAUACGAAAACCUGGUGCCAACAUGUCGGUUCCUUACGUUCAACAAGCAACGGAACCAAUGGGAGGAGUUGAGUGCCAACAAAGCCAGAGAUAAGAUUGGCCAUGCCUUGAGGCAUGCCAACGCCACCAGGGAAGAGCCAAUAGAUGAACCGGAUAUAGAAGCCAUAUCGUCUCGCAUGCACCCAGCACAUGUUGCCAUGCAAGAGGCCAGAAAAGGAGCUAGCAGUGGGGGGUCCAGUAAUUCUCCCCCACCUGAUGCAACGAUGCAGUCCAAAAUUGCGGCUGUGCAUCCUCCUGCUGCCGAGGCGAAACCACCACCGGUGGCGCAACAACUGGCACCGCCCAUGGGGGAUACCCAAGCAAAUUCAGUUGUCCCGAGUGAAGCUCAAAUGAGUGGUCUGACGGCAGCUACCACAGUAGUGCCUCCAUUUGCCUCCCAGCCGAUGACUGGAAUGAUACAUCCAUCGGCUCCGGGGGGAACACAGCAGCAAAAUUUUCAGCACUUGGCUAUCGCUUCGACACUGCAACAGCCAUUACCUGCUGUUGGCGACACAAAACAACCCGCAGUUGAAUCCAAAGCUGUGGUAGCUGGUCCGGCACGGGGAGCCACCGCUGUGUCGGCAACAACGGGAAACCAACCAACCGGUGCUGCAGCAGCAGGGACCCAACCAUCUGUUAAGCCAGCAGCUCAAUCCUCAGUGGAAAGCACCCAGUCGAAUAUUGGGUGGGUUAUUCCCCAUCCGCAGCAGGAAUGGCAACAUACUGUUAACCCAACAGUGGCGGCAAUGCCGCCCCCGGCCCCUUUGUUUCCUGGCGGUCAAACCUUGCCAGUUGCAUCCCUCCAGAAAGGACAACAUCUGACUGUUGAAACAUCGGGAGUAUUGCCAUCAGCAGCUUCAACCAAUACGGCGAGACAACUACCGUCUAUUCCGCCCGUGGCUCCAGGUCCGCAACAGGCACCAGUGGGACACCAGCAAAGACCACUUGGCAUGUUUUUCCCCUUGGAUAUGACGACACCCGGGACACAAGGCACCGCUGUCGCUGCAACAGCUCCUGCUGUUGGUGGAUCCACUACACCGAGUGAAAGUGAACGCACUGUAGUCCGGAAGCUGACAACUCGGCAGCCAGAAAGGGAGACUACAGAUUCAUCCGGGUCUUCCAUUGGUUCUUCUCUGACUGCAGGAGGACGUCCACCACCUUAUGGACCUCAUGUGGCGCAGCCCAAUCUUGGUUCGGCGACGCAAACUGUGGCGCCGCCAGGUCCAAAAGCAGCCGCAAUACAAGGAAAAGCUCCAGGUUCCUCUGAUGCUGGCUCUGGGUUGGAAAGGAUACUGACAGAACCUAUUCAGGAUUGGGACGAGAGCACCGAGACCAAGACCCCGUCACCGCCAGAGGCAGCAAAACAGUCCAAAGGGAGUUCCUCUGCAUCCUCGUCCUCGACCCAACCAACUCCAAAAACGCAGCAGCGGAAAAAGAAAUAACGAGAAAUACCCAGGACUUAACAAGACUUCGCCGCUAAGGUCCCCUUAACGGAAGCAAAGCCCCUCCAAGCUACCAGUACUAGUACAGAUUUCGAGCUCCUCCCUCCUCCCAUAAAAACCAUAGGCGAGAUAACUGAAGGUCUCCAUGGCGGCAAUCCAUCCAAUCAACAACAAAUUCAUCAAACACCCAUGCACACAACCUGCACUUUCGGUGGCUGCUACUCUUUGUGUUGGCACAGCUUCUUCACAGAAGAUGCCCUGUCUUCCGUGCCUUUUUAGGGCCUUUUUAAAUCUCUUGUCGCGCAGAUUCAAUUAGAGUUUGAGUGAAGCUUCCAUUUACACGGUUGCGGCCCUUUGGUUGGAAGCAGCAAGCUAGCAAGCAACAAAAGUCUUCGUUUUGGAUUGGACGAGGUCUUGACAUGUUUAUAUGGCUUGCUUCGCAGCCUUCCUGCGGUUGCCAUGGAGCCCCAUCCACGCCAUAGGCUCACAAAUGGGCAGAGGCCAUGGCGAUCAGGGCAACGUGACCUUGGAGGGUUUUCUAAACGACAACUCCGCCAUUUCCAUUUCAGGAUGACGGAGCUGCGGACGACGUGCCCAGAUAGUGCCAGAUAGGGAACCCAGUGCUUUGUGAUGGGAACAUGGUGCAAAGCAACAAGGAAAGGAAAACCUGAACGAGAGUGAUUCUCGCUGGUUGGACAGCCGAUGGCAUCCUCUCCUGCCACUUCAACCCCAUCCGUCAACGGUUUCUCGAGCUAGAGUGAGCGCCCAUACCCCACCUCUUUCUUUUGGCUGCAUCCUUGAUGGAUCGGACGAGACAAGCUUCAACCCGUCUAUAGUAACCUUCAUCAUCCUGGUCUAUGGACACCUUCGCAAGAAGAACCCAAAUGGUGGCGCCAACACAAACGAAGCGGCGUGCUGAAAAUCAAGCAUGGCAAAGGACGCAUCGCAUCUUUCCCACGGACAACGCUGCGCUACGAAGCUGGAUUCGAUUCAUCACUGCAUCAAGUUGCGGGCAUGGCAAACUUUCGAAAUAAUAAGCUACAACACUGCGACAAAUGUGACAACCAAGCUGGGUUUGAUACACUUCAAAAUAGCUAAAACAAUCAACAUCGAAUCCAGAGACGCAACGCAACACAGGUUGCAUGUCUUUUUAUUAGUUUCUUGAAAUAUAUAUCCAUGAAAUCACCAUACAAAGUCGUCAAAG